AUGACAGACGAAUCAAACCUCGGCCCCAGGCCAAAAACCCUCACCGGAGGCUGCCUCUGCGCCAAGCUCCGCUACACCGUCACCCUCCCCGGCUCCCACGACUUCGUCAAGAACGCAAUGACGUGCCAGUGUACCCAGUGCCGCCGCCAGUCCGGCGCGCUCUUCACCGCCUUCCACCGCGUGCCGGACUUCCGUUGGACGUCCGACACCACCGCCAGCCUGGCCGAGUACGGCGCCUCGGCGGCCGCCAAGCGCGGCUUCUGCAGGGAUUGCGGCUCGUGGCUCUAUUACCGCGGCCAGGACGGGUACAGCAUCUGCUUGGGGACUGUCGACCCGGAGAUCCUGUUUGGGGAGAAUGGGGGCGAGGCAUAUGGACGGGCGCUGGCGAACGGGUUUGGGUUUCAUGAAUGGUGCGAGAACGAGAUUGAGGGCGUGACGAGCGAUAUACCGAUGUUGAAUCGCGGGCAGAGACACCAGGGGAUGUUUCCGGUAGAAGAUGUAAAGGCGAAGCUGUAG